AAUACUUGGAGCCUAACACUUUCCGUCUGAGCGAGCCGCAAUUGAUUAAUAGCUCGGCGAGGGGACACACUGACUGUUAUAAUAACAUUACACCAGCCACUCCUGGCUUUGCAACAGGCGGAUCACAGACAGGAGAGAGUCAGUGGCACAUAGCCUUUUCUUUUUCAUCUUUCAGAAGCCAACGACUUGUUUGCUUAGUUUUAUUUCUGUUGGAGUUUUUUUUUUCUUUCUUUUUUUGUUCUUGUGCGUGUGCGUGUGGUGGUCGUUUUCUAAGUGUGGAGGGCAAAAGGAGAUACCAACCCAGGCUCAGACCAACCCCUCUCUCCAAAACGGCUUCUUUGGCACUCCAGGUAGCGAGGGAGUUGGGUCUCCAGGUUGUGCGAGGAGCAAAUGAUGACCGCCAAGGCCGUAGACAAAAUCCCAGUAACUCUCAGUGGUUUUGUGCACCAGCUGCCUGACAGCAUCUACCCGGUGGAGGACCUCGCCGCCCCGUCGGUGACCAUCUUCCCCAAUGCCGAGCUGGGAGGCCCCUUUGACCAGAUGAACGGAGUGGUCGGAGAUGGCAUGAUCAACGUUGACAUGACUGGAGAGAAGAGGCCCCUGGACCUCCCGUAUCCUAGCAGCUUUGCUCCCAUCUCUGCGCCCAGGAACCAGACCUUUACUUACAUGGGCAAGUUCUCCAUUGACCCCCAGUACCCUGGUGCCAGCUGCUACCCAGAAGGUAUCAUCAAUAUCGUGAGUGCGGGCAUCCUGCAAGGGGUCACCCCUCCAGCUUCAACCGCAGCCUCGUCCAGCGUCACCUCUGCUUCCCCCAACCCACUGGCCACAGGACCCCUGGGAGUGUGUGCCAUGUCACAGACCCAGCCUGACCUGGACCACCUCUAUUCUCCACCGCCGCCGCCGCCUCCUUAUUCUGGCUGUUCAGGAGAUCUCUACCAGGACCCCUCUGCGUUCCUGUCGCCACCCACCACUUCCACCUCCUCUCUGGCCUACCAACCGCCUCCUUCCUACCCAUCCCCCAAGCCAGCCAUGGACCCAGGUCUCAUCCCUAUGAUCCCAGACUAUCCUGGAUUUUUCCCAUCUCCGUGCCAGAGAGACCCACACGGCGCAGCUGGCCCAGAUCGCAAGCCAUUUCCCUGCCCCCUGGACUCCCUGAGGGUCCCUCCUCCACUCACUCCAUUGUCUACCAUCCGCAACUUUACCCUGGGGGGGCCCAGUGCUGGGGUCACUGGACCAGGGUCCAGUGGAGGCAACGAGGGACCUCGGCUACCUGGUAGCAGUUCAGCAGCUGUUACAGCUGCCGCCUACAACCCGCACCACCUGCCCCUGCGACCCAUCCUGAGGCCUCGGAAGUACCCCAACAGACCCAGCAAGACGCCAGUUCACGAGAGGCCCUACCCGUGCCCAGCAGAAGGCUGUGAUCGGAGGUUCUCCCGCUCGGACGAGCUGACCCGGCACAUCCGAAUCCACACUGGCCACAAGCCCUUCCAGUGUCGGAUCUGCAUGCGUAACUUCAGCCGCAGUGACCACCUCACCACUCACAUCCGCACGCACACUGGGGAGAAGCCCUUCGCCUGCGACUACUGUGGCCGCAAGUUUGCCAGGAGCGAUGAAAGGAAGCGUCACACCAAGAUCCACCUGCGACAGAAGGAGCGGAAGAGCAGUGCCCCCUCCUCGUCCGGGCAGCCUGCGGCCGUGGGCUCCUGUCCCGGGGGCUCGCAGGCCGGGGCCAGCCUGUGCAGCAGCAGCAGUACCAUUGGCGGAGGGCCUCUAGCCGCUUGCUCCUCUAGGACCCGGACUCCGUGAGACGAAGCCUGGGCUGACUUGCCAGGUCCUGUAGGCCCGAGAGGCCCUUCGUCCACUCCAGCUGCAUGACACACACUACCCCCCUCCUUCAUCCGGCAGUGGGCAAAGGACCUUAGUGGAGCUAAGCCCUGCCCCUCUCUCCCAUUAGAAGCAGGUCCUUCCUAAACCCUAGCCCAUUUUAGUCUCUCUUAGGGGAGCUGACUAGCAUCGCGCAGCAAUGGGGAAGCUCACAAGGCUGUUGGACGAGAGUCCCUCGCCUAGGUGAGCUGUCUGAGGUCUGACCUUGCUUGGAAGGGCUGUUUGAUGAGGUUUUGCUUCCCUUUUAUUUUGACCCUGGAUGUCAGUUGACCUGAGACUUUUUCUGCAGUAGGUUGGGAGAUGCUGAUCCCUUCACGCAGGACAACCAGAAGGACAGGCAAAAUGAAUGUGCACUUUAUAGCGGGGGACUGGUUUGGUGGGAGAGGCGUCCGGUGAGCAGAGGCUGGCCUUUCCUGCCACUGUGUGGCCCUCCAACAGCAAAGCAAAGCUUACGUGAAUGUGUCCCGGCCCUGGAAGCAAGGUCUUAGAAACUCGGAGAACAGAGUGCAAUGUGAUGGAGGGACACGGCAAUAUGAGAGCUCCUUCGUGUUGUUAAA